UUGGCGAUGCGUGUGGUGCAUGUACGACUUAGCAAGGUGAUAAAGAUCGAUCAGACACAGCCUCAGGGUUUAGCAGCUUAAGAUGAAAAGUUAAUAGAUCUCGGAUCUCGCCGGACUCCUCCUUCGUUUCCAAAACUACAUGGCUCGUUGUCGCGCCUUUAUAAAGCAGCACGGUCAGAGUAGACAGACAGCGCCCUUGUUUCAUUCUAUCAGAUUAUAAGCGGUCAUCUACCUGUACGGCAUGUCAUCCAAAUUGCUCCCAGCAGAAGAGCGAGGAGCACAAUUAUUGUGUAUCGAAAACCUUUGAGGGCUUACAUUAAUUUGCGUUACAUGAAUGCGUCGAAUCGAAAUUUACCAAAUUUGUCCAGCAACGUAUGGAUUAUUGUGAAGGUUUCACAUCUCUGCUUUUUCCUUUUUCUUUCACAACUAGUACUUUGUUGCGUUCUCUUCGGUUGAAGAGGGAGCAAACGCCAUCUCCAAUCCACCAGCGUGCGUCGUCUGUCGUUUCGAAGUUCCACAACCAGACUUCCGACUAUGCUACUAUUAGAGUCUGCAUGUAUACACACCCAACACAACAAAGCAACAGUAUUCUCCCUCCAGCUUCGGACGUAGAGGAAACAAGCCCCAACAUCCGAUCCACUCCCCAACUUGUUUCCCCUUUCCCACCAACUCCCUCAUAUCCUACCCCCCUCCCCCACAAUCUUCACAAUAUCCUCAUACGACACCCCCACAGGCCUCAACCACUCAUCCAGCCCCUCCUCCCUAACCCAACACCUCUCCAUCCCCCCAUACACCACAUCCCUCCCCUCACCACGAUCGACCUACCACACGUCAGCCCAACCCCAAGAACCAAGAAAAAACGAAAAAAAGAACAUACCUCAUCCAACGGCCCCAAACACGCCAUCCAAGCCCCCCCAUUCCCAUACCGCGCCAGCACCGGAUUGUGCGCCGCGAUCUCGCUGCACGUCGCGCAGUGGAUGUUGGGCGGGAAGCGCGAGGGCGAGGGCAGGAAGAGGAUUAGCAGGGGGAAGGAGGCGAGUGUGGAGAGGAGGAGGGUUAGGCAGAGGAGCGCGGCGAGGAUGUGGCGGAUUUGGAGGGGGGAGUGCGUGAGUGCGUUGGUCGGGUGGUGCGCGUUGCCGAAGCGGUUUAUCCAGCCCAUUUUUUGGAGGGCGUGGUUUGGGAGAUGGGAGGUGGGGUGUUUGUGGUGGAAUCGGUUUGUUGUUCUGGUGUUUGAGGGCUUGGGAAGUACGUCGAUUUGUGCGAGUCGCUUGAUGCCAGCUGGUGAGUGCGCGGCGCUCAUGGAGUGGGACGCGAUACUGCGUUCCAUGGCGCGGGUGAGGGGUAGAUACACCUUGAGGUGGUACGGCGCUCAAUCGAGCGUUGCUGUACUGGUUGGAUGGAGGGGUUACGCUCACUCAUCGUGUUACGAUGACCGUUAAGCUAGUUCUAACGUAUGUUUGUAACUUCCCGAACAGGCAACGUUUUGGUCCAGCCAUUAUUUCCGUUACUUGUAGGUGUAAUAAUGGCGGCUUGUGGUGAGUGAUGUAAUUUCGUAUGUGUGGUUCGUGGGGUCAAUUCCAAUCGCCGGGUUCGUGAUUCAAACCGUGCUAUCUUUUCGACUCGCUGCUGCAGUCUGAUCAACCGUUUUCGAUAUCGCGAUCUCACCAUGGGUUGUCGUGAGUUCCUCCUGGCUAUUGUGUAUACCAACCCAGCUUAGAUCUGUAUCGUCAAGUCCCAUCCCCGAGUUCGGGUUCCGC